CCCUGGCGCCCGCCUGCCCGGACCGGAGCGGGGACAGGUGGGGUAGGCAUCUUGGGAGAGGAAGGGGUCCCAAUCCUGCCUCUGCGGGGAAGGGCCCUGCUGGGCUGUGCCCGGGGCCAGGAUUGGGGCCUCACAGCUGGGGACAGCACAGACGAGACCCCCGGCCCCUGCCCCAUCUCACGCCUGCGCCUGCUGCCUUGCAAAGCUGUCACGGGCCGUGAUUUAUGGCCCUGGGGGGCGAUGGAGCUGGGCGGGCGGCGGCGGGGGGGGAGCCACAGGCCAGGCUGGGCGCCGGCCGGCUCAGAGGCAGCAGCCCUCUUCCCCAGACCGCCUGACCCUGUGGCCCCGCACGCGGCUGCAUGGCGCAGCCCCGCUCCCGUCUCUCCGGAGACAUCGAGGAACGCGGCCGGGACGUGGCCUAUACGCCCGGCGCGGGUGGGCAGCUGGCGCAGAGCCGGGCCGAGCGGCUGCGGGGGAAGCUCAAGGACCUGGCACCGCCACGCUACAAGCUGGUGUGCAGCGUGGUGCUGGGGCAGGCGGGGCGGCAGGGGCUGCGCGUGGCCAGUCGUGCUCUCUGGGACCCCGAGAGUGACACCUUCGCCUCCGCCACCUUCGCCAACGCUUCCCUCUUCGCUGUGGCCACCGGAUGUGGUAGCUGA